AUGGCGGCCCUGGCGGCUGGAGUCUCCAAGCAGCGGGCAGCCGCCGAAGGUCUGGGCUCCAACCAGAAGGCCGUGAAGUACCUAGGCCAGGACUUCGAGACCCUGAGGCAGCAGUGCUUGGACUCAGGCGUCCUCUUUAAGGAUCCAGAGUUCUCAGCGUGCCCAUCAGCCUUGGGCUACAAGGAUCUCGGACCAUGCUCCCCGCAAACUCAAGGCAUUGUCUGGAAGCGACCGCCGGAACUGUGUCCCAGCCCUCAGUUUAUCGUUGGUGGAGCCACGCGCACAGACAUUUGUCAAGGGGGCCUAGGUGACUGCUGGCUUCUGGCCGCCAUCGCCUCCCUCACCUUGAAUGAAGAGCUGCUUUACCGCGUGGUGCCCAGGGACCAGAACUUCCAGAAGAACUAUGCGGGAAUCUUUCAUUUUCAGUUCUGGCAGCGCGGCGAGUGGGUGGAGGUGGUGGUGGACGACCGGCUGCCCACCAAGGACGGGGAGCUGCUCUUCGUGCGCUCGGCAGAGGGGAGCGAGUUCUGGAGCGCCCUGCUGGAGAAGGCCUACGCCAAGCUUAAUGGUUCUUAUGAGGCUCUCGCUGGAGGGUCCACAGUGGAGGGGUUUGAGGAUUUCACGGGUGGCAUCUCUGAGUUUUACGACCUGAGGACGCCACCAGCCAGUCUGUAUCAGAUCAUCCGGAAGGCCCUCCGUGGGGGGUCUCUGCUGGCCUGCUCCAUUGAUGUCUCCAGUGCAGUCGAAACAGAAGCCGUCACCAGCCAGAAGCUGGUUAAGGGUCACGCGUACUCCGUCACUGGAGUCGAGGAGGUGGAUUUCCGUGGCCGUCUGGAGAAGCUGAUCAGACUCAGGAACCCGUGGGGUGAAGUGGAGUGGACGGGAGCCUGGAGUGACAAUGCCCCAGAGUGGAAUUACACAGAUCCCAGGCAGAAAGGAGAGCUGGCCAAGACAGCGGAGGACGGGGAGUUUUGGAUGUCCUUUGCGGAUUUCCUGAGGCAGUUCUCACGGCUGGAGAUCUGCAGCCUGUCUCCAGACUCCCUGAGCAGCGAGGAGAUGCACAAGUGGAACCUGGUCCUGUUCAAUGGCCGCUGGGCGCGGGGCUCCACCGCCGGCGGCUGCCAGAGCCUUCCGGCCACUUACUAGACCAACGCCCAGUUCAAAAUCCGUUUGGAUGAGGCGGACGACCACCAGGAGGAGGGUGAUGGUGAACCCCGCUGCACGGUGCUGCUGGGCCUGAUGCAGAAGAAUCGCCAGUGACAGAAGAGACUAGAACAGGGCGUGCUGAGCAUCGGCUAUGCCGUCUGCAAGGUCCCCAAAGAGCUGGAGAGUCACACGGACGUGCACCUGGGCCAGUACUUCUUCCUGGGCCACCAGCCCUCGGCCCGCUCCAGCACCUAUGUCAAGCCCAGCCCAGGCCUGGCUCCCCCGGGGGAGUACCUGGUGGUGCCGUCCACCUUCGAGCUCUCCCAGGACGGCGACUUCUGCCUGAGGGUGUUCUCGGAGAAGAAGGCCCGGGCCCUGUGCGUGUCCUUUCCCAGCGCGGAUUUUGAGAUCGGUGCCAAUAAACUCAAGACGGUUCUGAACAAGGUGCUUUCCGAACGGAAAGACAUAAAAUUCGAUGGAUUCGACAUCAACACUUUCAGGGAGACAAUCAGCCUCAUGGAUAGCAAUGGGACGGGCACCUUGGGACUCGUGGAAUUCAAGACGCUGUGGCUGAAGAUUCAGAAGGACCUGGAGAUCUACCGGGGAACCGAUAAUAACCACUUGGGGACCAUUGAUGCCCAUGAGAUGAGGACAGCCCUCAACCCCGCAGGGUUCACCCUCGGCGACCAGGUGCAGCAAACCAUCGCCCUGCGGCACGCGAGCAGCACGCUCAGCGUCGACUUCGAUGGCUUCGUUGCUUGUGUGACCCGCCUGGAGACCCUCUUCAAACUAUUCAGGCGUCUGGACAAGGACCAGAACGGCACUGUCCAGCUCUCUCUGGCUGAGUGCUCUGGCGUAGGGGUUAGUGAGGCACUUCCUGGAGGACGGAGCACGGAGCCGGGGCAAGCUCGCAGCCCUGUGGGGCAGGAGGACGCCCGGCAAAGUCGCACGGGUCCCGGGGAGCGGCGAGCUCGGCCCGCGCGUCCUUCCGUUGCGGUGGCCGCGCUGUGCGUUGGUCUGACCCAGGGCUGUGGACGGCGGUGA